AUGUUGACAGAUAUCCACAGAGUGUUACUCACAUAUAUCCGCUCAGUUAAAGCAAUACAAUUGAACUCUCUUUUAGAGGCGUUCACACUUAUUAUACAACGCCUUCAUCCCGAACAUGAACAUGAACAUGAACAUGAACAUGAAAGUGAAUCUGGACACAAUGCCAUAAACAGUCCCAGCAUAGAGCCUUCUCGUGAUGCGCUCGAACAGUAUAUACGUGAAAUCAAUGCGGAAAUUACGAAACAAGGGUUCAAGAUUGAUCGCAAAAACGAUGAAUUAAACGGGACACUCUAUUUUAUAUUUAUCAACACCGCCAUGGAUGAGAUCAUAAAGCAAACAACAAUCUACACACACAUGGAACUCGUUGCGAUUAAAAACUUAAUUGAGGAGAUUAUUGAAGCAGAACAUUUUGCAUUUAGUUUACCACGAAGUAAUGCUCAGCAGAUUGUACUGUCUCAUUUAAGCCGGCCUUUGAAAGAACUGAGCUAUUUUAUCGAUCGAUUAAUUGAUGAAGGAUGGUUCAAAGCAACUUUAGAUGAUCGCUUGAUCUUGUCUAUAAAUAGCUUAUGCGAAUUAAAACAAUACCUUUUGGAAACUUAUGGUAAUACAAAUUCAAGCGAAGGAAAUAGAAGAGAAAAUAGAAGCCAAGAUAGAGAUAUAGUGGAUGGAGGAAAUGGCCCAGAAAGCAAAUUGUUGAUUUGCCGACAGUGUAAAGAACUAGUUACUCUAGGGGUUUUAUCCAUUGAAAAAGAUGCUUUCCAUAGAAGAUGUUAUGAAGUUUAUUGCAGAAACAAUAGAAUAGAAGCAAAUGAAGAUAAUUUGCUACGGGUUGGUGCUGACCCAUCGACACUAUAA